AGGGAGUAAAGUUUAUUCUUUCGUUUCAUCACCGACCACUUACCUGAAACGGUUUGCAUUUUGUUUCUUGACGCCGUCGAGACUUAUCAUCUCUUUUUUUUCUUUAGUUCUGCAGUCCUGUUCGUCACGUUUCACCUGCCUCGGCUGAUCCCCACCUCCUUCUUCAAGCUGAGCACCGCCUACCAACCCCACGUGGCUCUGUACACAAUGGCGACGACGGAAAUCAAGGCGAAGACCACGCUGGAGGAUGUGGACGCGAAGGGCGCCUUCAAGCGCAAGCCCACCGCCUUCCGCAACAAGAUCGAAAAGGGCGGCCAGUACCCUCCCGCGAAGGGGCGCUACAUUCUUUACGUGUCCUACGCAUGUCCGUGGGCCAGCCGCUGCACCGCCUACCGCGUCGCGAAAGGGCUGGAGGACGUCAUCGAGCUCGCCGUGACCUCCCCUGUGUGGGCCUUCACGAGGCCUGGCGUCGACGACCACGAGGGCUGGGUGUUUGACCCGUCCUACCCGGGCGCCACUCCCGACCCGCUCGGCCUCUUCAAGACGGUCCGCGACAUCUACGACCUGUCCAUGAAGAACAGCGACAACGUGUUCGAGACGCGCUACACCGUCCCCGUCCUCUUCGACCGUGUGACCAAGACCAUCGUCAACAACGAGAGCUCCGAGAUCAUCCGCAUCUUCAACAGCGCCUUCGACGAGUUCGCGACGCACCCGGCGGUGGACCUGAGCCCGGCGGCGCUGCUGCCGGCGAUCGACGCGAUGAACGAGCGCACAUACGAGCCGCUGUGCAACGGCGUGUACAAGUGCGGCUUCGCGCAGUCGCAGGAGGCGUACGAUGAGGCGGUGGAGGGCGUCUUCUUGACCAUCGACGAGCUGGAGGAGCUGCUGCGACAUCAGCGCUACCUGACCGGCGACGCUGUGACGGAGGCGGACAUCCGCGUCUUCUGCUGCCUCGUGCGCUUCGAUGAGGUGUACUCCGUGCAUUUCAAGUGCAACCGCAUCUUGAUCCGCGAGUGCCCCAACCUGCUGGAGUGGCUGCGCGAUGUGUACCAGACGCUGCACCUGGCGCCGACGUUGCACAUGAAGCACAUCAAGGACCACUACUACCGCAGCCAUGGUGAGAUCAACCCUUAUCACAUUGUGCCUGUGGGCAGCGACUUCGUGGCGAAGCUGGAGGUGCCUCACAGUCGUGCAGCUCUCUUUGCUGAUCAAAAGUGA